GAGAAACCAGUGAAGACGUUUUCUCUCUCACAGAAUAAGUCUUUGUUAAUCACAUACAACAUGGGUUUGCUUUAUUUGGCGCGUGGGGAGCCUCUACUUGCUGCUCAAUGCUUCCAGAAGGCUAGUGUUGUUUUCUGCAGACAACCCCUCAUUUGGCUCCGUUUAGCUGAAUGCUGUAUGAUGGCUUUACAAAACGGGCUUUUGGAUAAAUCAGAAAUCAGAGUCAAUGUAGUUGGGAAAGGGAAGUACAGAAAACUUAUGAUUGAAGAAAAUGGACUUGUGGAACUUGAUGGUAGUACCCAAUGCGGGAAGCUUUCAUUACCACUAGCACGGGCUUGUCUCUCAAAUGGUAUAUAUCUGCUCAAUGAGUCUCUCUUGAAUGAAUCUAAAUCAGAUCGUGAAUCGACAUUAUCCGUGGGGAUGAAUGAGACCAAAGAAGCAUCAUCUGCUGAUCAUGGGGAAGCUAACACGAACUCAGACUUGAAAGAGGCAAAAGGAGGAUUGAACCAGGACAUAAUUCAAAGCUCCCUCUCUGCUUUCAAGGGUAUUCAAAGUAGAGAAAAGCUGUUGAUUAAACAAGCUCUGCUUGCCAAUAUGGCAUACGUAGAACUGGAGUUGGAGAAUCCUAUCAAAGCCCUGGCCGCUGCUAAUUCACUCUUGCAACUUCCUGAUUGUUCAAAGAUCUAUGUUUUCUUAGGCCAUCUUUAUGCAGCGGAGGCCCUCUGCUUGCUCAACCGUCCCGUUGAAGCUGGCGCGCAUUUAUCUGCGUAUCUAGUUGGACCGGAUGAUUUUAAAUUGCCAUAUGAGCAAGAAGACUUUGACCAGUGGCGGAUGAACACAAGUUCUGAUUGUGAAGAGACGUUGGAUUCGUCAACGGGAAAUGCCCGGGAUUCUGUUUUCCUAAAGCCAGAAGAAGCUCGUGGAGCACUUUUUGCAGACCUUGCGGCGCUGCUUGCCACACAAGGACAUCAUGACCAGGCCAAAGCUAUGAUAACACACGCAUUAACUCUCAUACCAAACAAUGUACAAGCUACAGUUACAGCAGUCUACAUUGACAUGAUGUUGGGUAGGUCGCAAGAUGCCCUUACUCGGUUAAAACAGUGUACCCGUGUGAGCUUUGUUCCAGGCAGAUUGGAAGUGAGAGCCUCGUAGAAGAUUUGUACUCUAAACGGUAUGGUUUCUAUUUGAAAUUCAAGCUUUUGUACAAUUAGGUUGUUCUAUAAAUAUCAGAGAAUAAGCUUUUGUACAAUUUUUUUUUUCUUACUUUUUUUCCUUGUAUUAGUACUGUGAGAUGAUAUUUGCAUUCUUGACUUAGAUUUGGGUCGUCUAAGGGGUUAGUUGAUUUCUUGUUCAGGAACAAAACACAAGUCUUUUUGUACUUCGUUUAAAUUUUGUUUCAGAAACAGACCCUUUAAUUCAGUUUACUUAA